AAAAAAAAAAAAAAAACCCCCCCCGCCGCUCUCCAGCCUCCGCCUUGAAUGUCUCAAUCCGAGAAAAGGAAGAUGAAGAAGAUGAAGAAGCGAAAGAACAGGCCAAAUCCAGAAGAAGAGGAAGAUGAAGAAGUCGCGGCGGUAAACGAUGAAGAAAUUGGGGGCCAAAGUGAAAACUUUGAGGAAAGAGAAGAAGAAGAGGCCCCAAAAGCCAAGAAGAAGAAGAAGAAGGUAAAGGAGACUAAGGAUGAGAUUGAUGAAGAAGCUGGGGGUGAAAGUGCGAAAGAAGUGGAGGAAAAAGAAGCUCCGAAAUCUAACAAGGGGUCGAGCAUAAUGACACCGGAGCCCUUUUCCAAACUACCCAUCUCGAAGGAGACGAUGAUGGCUAUCAAGGAGAUGGGAUUUGAGAAUAUGACGCAGAUUCAAGCUAGAGCUAUUCCACAUUUACUGCAAGGCAAGGAUGUUAUGGGAGCUGCACAAACGGGUUCCGGAAAGACUCUUGCUUUCUUGAUACCGGCAGUGGAAUUAUUGCACCACCUCAAGUUUACUCAUUGGAAUGGAACUGGAGUCAUCAUCAUUUGCCCAACUAGAGAACUUGCUAUUCAAACACAUAGAGUGGCAAAGGACCUUCUGAAAUACCAUUCACAGACACUUGGGUAUGUGAUUGGUGGUGCGGCGCGAAGAGGAGAAGCAGAGCACCUUGCAAAGGGAGUAAAUGUAUUAGUAGCUACCCCUGGUAGAUUGCUUGAUCACAUUCAAAAUACAAAAGGAUUCAUCUUCAAAAAUUUGAUGUGUCUUAUAAUUGAUGAAGCUGAUCGAAUAUUAGAGGCGAACUUUGAAGAAGAUAUGAAGCAAAUAUUCAAACGUCUGCCUCAGGAACGGCAGACAGCGCUCUUUUCUGCUACUCAGACUAAGGAGGUUGAGGAGUUUGCUAAGUUGUCAUUUAAGAAAACGCCAAUAUAUAUUGGUGUUGACGAUGACAGAUCUAAGGUGACUGUUGCAGGCUUGCAGCAAGGCUAUUGUAUUGUUCCUAGCAAUAAAAGAUUUCUGGUGUUAUAUGCUUUUCUGAAGAGAAAUUUGACAAAAAAGGUCAUGGUUUUCUUUUCCUCGUGCAAAUCAGUCCAGUACCACUCGGAGCUUUUCAAAUACAUUAAUCUUGAUUGCUAUGAUAUCCAUGGACAACAAAAACAGCAGAAACGAACUACCACCUUUUUUGACUUUUGCAAGGCAGAGAAGGGCAUCCUAUUGUGUACUAAUGUUGCUGCUCGUGGACUUGAUAUUCCUGAUGUGGACUUGAUCAUUCAGUAUGAUCCUCCCGAUGAACCGAAGGAAUAUAUCCAUAGAGUAGGUAGAACUGCUCGUGGAGAAGGUGGCAAAGGAAAUGCUUUAUUGUUUCUGUUGCCUGAAGAGUUGCAGUUUCUAGUCUACCUCAAGGCUGCCAAGGUGCCUGUGAAAGAAUAUGAGUUUGAUGAAAAGAAGGUACCAAAUUUGCAAUCAUCUCUGGAGCAACUUGUGGGACAGAACUACUAUCUUAACAAGUCAGCUAAGGAGGCAUAUCGGUCGUAUAUAUUAGCGUAUGAUUCACAUUCAAUGAAGGACAUCUUCAAUGCCCAUCGCCUCAAUAUGAAGGAUGUAGCAGCAUCCUUCUGUUUCACCUCACCUCCAAAAGUAAACCUCGGAAUUGAAAGCCGUGCAUCAAAGUCCAGGAAGAAGUCGCACAAUAGCAGCAGAGGAAACCGUCAUGGUAUUAGCCCAAACAAUCCUUAUGGGAGACAACAAAGGACUUAGCUAGAUGGUAACGCAUUUAGCAAGCAAGCUUCAUAAAGCAAGAGAAAUAUCUACAAGAAAAUUUCUGUUUCCCGUGAGGUUCUGGAGAAGACAUACUUCAGGAUCGCUAAUCUUCUGUAGAGCACAGAGGCAUUCCUUGUUUGAAAUGGUUAUUCUAUUUAUAUAGAUGUAAUCAUCAAAUUUGACCUUAAUUUGUCUUAAAUUAGACUUUUCGAGUAUGCAUGAGAAGUAUGAAGGAGAGACGUGUAGUAUCAGGUGCAAGACACGGAAUUUUUGGAAGAAAGUGCUUAGAGUAGUGUUAUAUGCCCUUAAACGUUCAAUACAUUUUUAUUGAAUAUUAAUUAAGUUUUAUUGUUGCCCA